UUAAAACGAAGAAAAUGCAGCAUUUUGUUGGUAUUGCAGUGAUCUUACUACUAACAUUUUUCAAAUGGUCACAAGGCAUUAAAUUAGUGUGUUAUUAUGACAUGUCAAGUGCCAGUAGAGUGGGUCGAGCAAAAUUUACUUCUCAAGAUAUGGAACUUGCUUUGAGUUAUUGUACUCAUGUUAUAUACAGUUAUGUGACCAUAACACCGGAUAAAUUAAUCCUUACGGCUCAAAUGCCCGAAAAGGAACAGGAACUAGCCAAUAUGCAAUAUUUUAAAAAUAAAUAUCCCAAUGUUAAGUUUCUUCUUAGUAUUAGCGGUGAAAAUAAUGACAAAACUACUAAGAGUUUUUUACAACUAUUAGAAGAUCGGCAGGCCACGAAAAUUUUAAUUAAAUCACUAAUGGAUGUGUUAAUCAAAUAUAAAUUUGAUGGCUUAAGUUUGGAUUUCCCCUUACCGACAGUAUUGCCUACUAAACCGCGUCACACUAAAGUGUGGAAUUUUUUUAUUAGUUUAUUUAAAAUUCAUCAUUUUGAUACUGAUCCUAAAUAUAUGGAACACAGAGAUCAGCUAACGAUUCUGAUACAACUAUUAAAAGCCCAUUUUAAUGAACGCAAUCUUAUGCUGACAUUGAACGUAUUACCCAAUGUAGAUUCGAGAAAAUAUUUUGAUAUCCCUGAGAUUAUAAAUUAUUUAGACUUUGUUAUUCUAUCGGCAUUUGAUUUUUGUACACCUCAACGUAAUCCCCUAGAAGCUAAUUUCAUGUCACCUAUAAAAAUUCCAAAAUCCGCAACACUUCCACAUAACAGUGAUUUGUCUUUGGGAAAUAUUAAAGAUUUUUAUAAAUUCUGGCAUUCGCAAAAUGUACCGCGACACAAAAUCGUUAUUGGUGUUGCUGCUUACGGUCGUUCUUGGAAAAUGACAAAAUAUUCGAAUAGUAAUGGUGUGCCUCCAGUUUACUAUACGGAUGGACCAGCUACUGCUGGCCCCCAAACCUAUACGCCUGGAUUUCUAUCUUAUCCUGAGAUAUGUGAAAAGUUAAGUGAUUCUCAGUUAAGAAAUGUAACUGAUCCUAAAGCAAAAUCUGGUGUUUAUGCUUUUCGUCCGGCAGAUAGUCAUGGUCAUUUUGGUAUUUGGAUUAGUUAUGAAGACUAUAUAACGGCUGGAGCGAAAGCAAAUUAUAUACGAAAUCAUAAUUUAGGUGGUGUUGCUUUAAUCGAUUUGAGUUUAGAUGAUAUACACGGUGUGUGUAAUGGUGAAAAAUUUCCCAUAUUGAAAUCAAUUAGAUUAAGAUUGACUGAAACACAUUCUUGAGAAAACUGCAAAAUUUUUAUAAAUAAUUGUUUCUUUUUAAUGUAAUUUUUUGUAUUUGCAAUAUGUGUUAUUGAAUACUAAAUAUACCCAGUGUGCUU